CCUGGUCAACGCCUGCCUUCCCUUGUGAAUUGGGUUCUUCCCUACAAAUUAAACAUGAUAUACUCUUCUGGAAGAGAAUCAUACUUCAACUUGAACUCAACCUGGUAUGAUCCCUCGGGGUCCUGGCUGGACACCCGGCGCACGCCCUUCCGCUACGGCUACAACACCUGCUGCUCGGGGUGCGACGGCGAAGGCGUUGAAGGCAUGAGAGGGCACAACUACCGUCAUUAUGGCUAUCGGCAGCCAGUCUGCUCCGAGAGAUGCCACGGCUAUGCUGCAGCUGGUUCUUGCCAAGGAGGUGGGGGCUCAAGCUGUGUCAGGAGGCCCACGUACAGUUAUGGGUCAUCGGGGGGAUGUCAGGGCUACGGGAGGUCAGUCUGCUCUGAGAGAUGCCACGGAUCCUCGGGUUCGUGCCAUGGAGGUGGUUCGAGCUGUGUCAGGAGACCCACAUACAGUUACGGGUCGUCGGGGGGAUGCCAGGGCUAUGGCAGGUCAGUCUGCUCUGAGAGAUGCCACGGAGCAGGGUACCAGGGUGGGAAGCCAUGUUACAGCAAGCCAACGCAAUCCGUCCAGCAGUGCUGCCCGGUGCAGACCUGUCCUGCGCCGGUGCAGCAAGGCUGCGUGCCCGUGGCAAAGUGCAUCCCAAGCCAGCAGCAAAAGCAGGUCUGCAAAGUGCCAGCCCAGAAGAUAAAGUAGAAGACAUGAGGAGUGAGGAUGGAUGGGGGAAACAUCUCCCUCUUGCAGCAUUGUCCUGAUGGGCGGCAUGUCCUGCGCUGCUCACGGAUCCCCACUCUUCCUGUCAUUUUGCUUGUAACGUGCUUUAAAGGUGUAACCCACUGUCUCUGUGAAAUACUAAGCACUAUUCACCUCCUAGUUUCACAGCAGACAUGGAGGCAAUAAAAAAUUAUGCUUCAUAA